CGAUCGUCGGUACGGUAGAUACAUCUUCAUACAGUGGAAGGCGAUGAGCGAUCGGUAUAAGAAUAGGACAGUUGCCCGGUUGAUCAUAUCCGGUGCAUUUAUGGCAUUUUUCACGAACAUGAUAGAGUCCAAGACUUAUUUCGUGCCAUCUAGCCAGAAAAUGACAGCGCUAACUGAUGGAUAUCGUGGUAGGGGUCGAGUGAGAGAAUACCCUAUCGAUGAAAUUGAAAACGAAAUCGAUCCUCCGAUUAAAUCCACGGCGAUUAGUGUGUAUCGCAACAGUGACAAUAGUUUUAAGAAGAAACGAAUAUAUGACGACUAUAGUUUUGGUGAUUAUAGCAUAGAUCACUAUGAUGAAUAUCCGAUGCUUUCUUUGAGGAAGGAACCUAGCAAUGUUUCGAAUCUCCGAGGUAUCCAGCACGUAACCAUAUCCGACCAUAAACUCGCCCAUAUAGGAUCCAUGAUAGCAUCUUCCCUGAAGUACCUACUGAUUGCGCUUUUGGUAGUGGGGAUCCCCGUUCUGGCAGUUCAGUUACUGCUGAUCCCGCUGAAGUUACUAUUAGGACUGAAAAUGAUCGCAGCGGCCAACAUGAUCGCCCUGGGAGCCCUAGUAACCAAGUACAUGUACAAGCACGGUGGCGGCUAUGGUGGCUACGGAGGAUAUGGUGGUUAUGGAGGAGGGGGAGCUGGUGGACUUCUAGGAGGAUUGGCCGCCAUCAGCACGCCGAUCGUUACUUCAAACUUUCAGCAACCGGUCAGUCAACCUGUCACUACGGUUGUGACCGCUCCAGUACAACAACAACAAAAUUCGGGAAUAUGGAACUAUCCCUACUACGGAUAUCCCCCCUGGUGGUUCUAUUACCCAGGAUUCAACGGUACUAGUUCCAACAACAACAAUUCAAAUACGAAUACGAAUACAAACACAAAUACAAAUACGAACACAAAUACGAAUACUAAUAACAAUUCAAACACAAAUAAUAACAACAACAAUAAUAAUGGAAACAAUGGCAAUAACGGAAACGGAAACAAUGGAAAUAAUGGAAACGGCAACGGCAGAACAAAGCUUCGUAAAAAUUCCAAAAAAACCAAAGUCCUGGAUGUUGGCGCACUGAAGCCGGAUGACUUUGGAAAUAUGACCAACAGUGAAGUUCAAAUGGUGAUGCAAUUUCUGAAGCGAAAGAGUAAAACUGCGGCAGUGUUGUGAAGGCCGUGUUGAAUGAAUUACCGAAAACAUCUGUGAUUUUAAGUAGGCAACAAAAGUGAACUCGCGUAGAGCUCUGUGAUACAGGAACGAUUGGUUGUAGCAGUGAAAGUGAACUAGCUUUGCAAUCAGUGGAUGGAAAACAAAAAAAAACUAUUCCCCCUUCUCAGCGUUACCAUUAUUCAGGGUUCAAUUUUUUUAUAAGUAUUAUGAAUACAAUCUGU